AUAAAGCCUGUAGGUUUUGUGUCACAAAUCUCAAAUGUUUCGCUUGAAAUGGUGUUGCUACUGCAUUGGCCUGCGCAAGGGCUGCAUAAUCAUUGCCUGCCUGGACUUUUUCAUCAAUGUCACCGUGGCCACCAUGGGCGCAAACUACGACUACAUCAGUAGAAUUGAGCAGGCGGUGGCCAUUUGCCAUUGCAUUGGCUGUGUCUUCCUGUCUGGCGGUGCUCUGCUCCCUACAGAAAUCAUCCGUGCUGCUGAUCUUCUUCCUCAUUACCAGCCUCACCAACUAUGUCAUACUGAUUGCCUAUGUCAUCUACAUUUUUACGGAUUGGGUGCCCGAAGCAGCCUUCAUAGUGCCUUCUGUUUUGGUGUACACGGGCUUUGUUUUUCUUUACAGCAAUUGGGAUUUACUUUUGGCUCAUUGUCUUCUCGUAUAACAAAAUCGUGACCAGCGAUACUGUUA